AUGCCAAUUUAUGAAGCGGAAUUAGGAGAAAUAAUUCGAGCUGAAAGAAGGGACGAAAAACAGUUGAACUAUUUGCGAGAAGAGUUUUCUUCCAUUGCUAAAGUUUAUUUUGAGGGAAGAAAAUAUGGACCAACCAUUUUUAUUUUGAACUUAUUAUUUUUAGGCAUUCAAACUCUUGGAGAAGAACUUAGUUAUCUUUUACAAUUCACUAAAGGUCCUAAUAGAAGACCUUCCGCGUUUCGUCGUAUCGUUUUUUUCAUUUUUCAUUUCCUUUUUCCUUUUUUUGUGGAAAAAGAACUUUAUUUGAUUGAAGACUCAUUAAACAAUUUAUCGUUUUUUUCAUUUUUAAUCUAUUUUUCCCUUAUUUUAAAUAUUUUAAGAUCGAUUGGAAUACCUUUGCUGUACCACACACAUUUGGCAAUUUUUUAUACUGGAGGUAUAUUUCGCAGUCUAUCAAAUCGUUUGACCGGCAUAAGAUAUUUAAGUUUAAGACCACAAACUAAUAUUCAAGUUUGUUUGUUAUUUUGUUCAUAUAAAAAUAUUAUUCUCACUGCCAUUCAAAGCUCUUUGUUAUCGAUAAUUUUUCUAUCCAUUUUAUCCAAUUUUUUUCAGUUUUACUCCACUUUUAUUUGUUCAAUUUGUUUGAAUUGCCAAUUUCCUAUCUGUACACCUUGUGGACAUUUGCUGUGUUGGGAUUGCAUUUUUGCUGUUGGAAAAGCAGCUAGAAAUUUGGAACAGGAAUAUCCUAAAUGCCCACAUUGUCGAUCUGCUAUAAUCUUGAAUCGCAUUGUCCCUAUAUUAAAUUUGUAA